AUGAGCGUUAAUAGCGGGGGUGGACAACCCCCCGAUAAAGAUGAUUUAGAGUGUGCAAUGGAUGUGUCCCGUCCGGAUCAUCCAGCUUCGCCAGUGCCGGAUCUUCCAGCUUCUCCAGUGGAGGAAUUUAGAGGAUUCCAAAAUCCCAAUUCACAGAUAAGUACUGUUAAUGAUUCUGAUACUGUUUCCGGGAAAAAUGUAGAUACAGGACCAAAAAUGGACAUAAGGAAGUUCUUUAACAAGCCAAACAAGCGGCUGAAAAUUGAUGAUGGAUCUGACAUAUCGAACAGUACCGAAAACAGUAGUAUAGUAUGCAGUCAAAAUGAUUUAGCUGUAGCAGGGCCAUCUAGCUUGGAGUCAGCUGUAUCCGCCUCUCAAAGAGAAACUAACGUUGUAACGGCCACCGCAUCGGAUAAUUUUGCGAUUGUUGAAGACAGUUUAAAUUUGGAUGUUGGGAACUACCUUGAUACUAAUAAAAUUUGUAGCUUGAACGAUCGCUUGAAAUUUACUUUGUUAACAAACCCAUGGAAGCCAGAUAAAUGUUACAAUUUCAAGUAUGAUAUUGACGAUGGCAAACGACCAUUUAUCCAUGAAUGGUUAAAUACGUACCCCUGGUUAGCUUAUUCAAAAGAAGUUAAAGACUUCCUUGGUUUCACCCCAUUAAAAAGUUUAGAUGCUGAACAUAUAGCAAAUGCUAUUACUUUAACAUUAACAAAUUGGGGCUUGAACUUGGAAAAUGCAGUUGGCCAAGGAUAUGAUGGUUGUAGUACAAUGGCUGGGGAAAUAACUGGAGUACAUAAAAGAAUAACUGAGAAAUACCCAAAAGCUCUGUAUUUUCAUUGCGCCAGUCAUCGGCUAAAUUUAGUAGUCAAUGAUUUAAAUGACAUACCACAAAUCAGGAAUACAACUGGCACAGUUAAAGAAGUUAUAACAUUUUUUCGGCAGAAUGGACAAAGAAGGGCAAUAGUGGGAACUCUUCAAAAACUAUGUGAAACCAGAUGGACCGAAAAAUAUAAAGCAAUUCGAAAGUUUAGUGAGCAGUUUGUUAGCAUCGCUGAAGCACUUCAGACUCUAUCGACUGAAGGUAACCGUGACACAAGGCAGAAAGCUUUCCAGCUUCAUUGCGCAGUUACAAAUACAGCAUUUGUGAUAUGUCUACAUGUGAUUGCCAAAUACUCUGCCAAGUUAGAAAUCGUUACGCAAAUGUUACAAGGUGUCAGUGUAGAUAUUUUGAAGAUAUCAAAACACAUUCAGAAGGUUACUGAGCUAUUCAGUUCAGACCGACAAAAUGGAGAAAAAGAGUUUGAUAACAUUAUGGCAAAUGUUGAAACAACAGCAAACAAGCUUGGAAUCGAGCUCACAUGUCCUCGUGUUGCUGCGAGACAGGUUCACAGACCAAAUCACUCUACCCAGACUAUCAACGAAUACUAUAGAAAGUCCAUUUUCUUGCCUUAUUUGGAUUCUUUGGUUCAAUCGUUGAAAGAUAGGUUUUCAGAUAGAAACAAACCAUCAUUUGAAAUUUUCAAUCUGCACCCUAAAAUCAUGAAAGAUCUUUCUAAGGAAGAUUUUGAAAAGUCUAUUAACAAUAUAAACAGCACGUAUUGUGAAUUGUUAGACAACUUUAAGGAGCAAUCAAUUCUGUGGUUCGACCUUUGGAAAAACACGGAGAUAGAUGCCAAAGCCUUGGAAAAACUGAACUUAAUAGAGGUUCUUGAGCAUGAGCAUGCCUGCUUUUUGCCGUCAGUAGCAAAAGCCAUCCAAAUAGCUCUUUGUCUGCCACCAACAACUUGCACCAUCGAGCGAUCAUUCAGCACUCUCAAACGUGUGAAGACCUGGAUAAGGAAUACGAUGUCGAACAAUCGUCUAAGUGGGCUAUGCCUGUUAUCUGUACACAGAAGAAAAAUAAAAGAAAAUAUAGAAAACUUCAUGCAGAAAGUAAUUGAUUUAUUUGCGAUGGACACCAGAAGAAUUCAAUUAUUAUUUAAGUAACAUUUUACUGACACUAACCGUGUUGCGUUUUAAACAGCAAAACAAUUUUUCUUGUA